GGAUAGUCGUUGGGUGGAUGUGGAAGACCCCGAACGGCCAAGAUGGCGGCGUCCAUGGCAGAUGCCGGGGUGUUUGAGAAGUGGCUGAAUGAUCGGCUAGACUACUUAGAAGUGGACCAGGAGGUGUAUGGAGCUUAUAUUUUAGGAAUACUUCAAGAGGAGGAGAGUGACGAAGAGAAGGAGGACGCACUGCUAGGAAUUCUAUCUGCGUUUUUGGAGGAUGAGAAACUUGAAGAUGUCUGCAAAGAGAUCAUUAGUCAGUGGGCUGAGAGCUGUGCCCAGUCUGCAACCAAAAACAAGGAGGAUGUUGAGGUACUGGCCAUUGCCAAUCUGAUAGAGAAGCAGGCACAGAUUGUGGUGAAACAGAAGGAAGUAUCCGAGGAGUCCAGGAAGAGGAAAGAAGCUAAAGAAGCAGUCCUGGCUCAAUAUGCCAAUAUCACAGAUGAUGACGAUGAAGCUGAAGAGGAGGAGCAGGCAGGAGCUGCUUUUUGCCCCAGUGGUGAUAAAUCCCUGUUUAAGAACACCAACGUGGAGGAGGUUCUGACCAGGAAGAAGCAGCAGAGGGACCAGGCUAAGGAAGACUCCCAUAAGAAGAAAGAGACAGACAAGUUGCAGCGUGAGAAGGACAAACUAGCCAAGCAGGACAGGAAGGACAAGGAGAAGAAACGCACACAGAAAGGGGAACGAAAAAGAUGAGAAAAACAAAUUACACUUUGGGACAUUGUCACAUUAAAUGUUUUGUUACUGGACAAAAUAACUGAAAUCGACAUCUAAUUUUACCUAUCCCUUAUUAUCACCCUUAUAAAUGUAACAUGACAUUGUUUUUAAUCCAUUAACAUUUAGUUUUCGAUAGAUUUCAGUCAUCAAGCUUUAUCUAAGGCUGGGAAACAGUCCAUAUAUCUACAAUGUGUUCUUUCUCCUCAACUGUGAUUAAUAAAGUAAAGCAGUGACUCUGAAAAGCCAACAUAAUAGUCUAUGUAUCCAUCUCCACUAACUAUGAUCAACCUGCACAAGCUCUUGCCUGUAUCUGUCAUCCUACCAUGUUGAAACUAAAGGGCUGGAUGUUUUUGUUUCAUUGCUGUCCCUACCUCCUUUACAAUAUGCCUCUACUAAUAGGGAGACUGUCUAUCUGAGCAAUGAAAAUGAAUACUCAUUCAAUUGAUGUAGCAUGCAAGCCUUUGCUCUAAAAUGUUUGCCCAGUUUAAGUAAUAAUUUUCCAAGAUAAAUGUUUUUAAAUGGCAUUCAAAUGUUCUGCAAUUACUAGAGGGGAUAUUGUAGUAAAAGGGAGGGGAAGUGCCCUAUGGGAUCUUAACUCACUCAAACAUGGAGCCGCUGCUAUACUAUGUGCCAAUGUGUUGCAAAUGCUUUUCAUCUUUGGAGAUGGAUUCACUCUAGGCUCACACUCAGUCAUUGUCAUAUUAAAUACAUUCAGUUGGGCACCCCAGUCUUCAUGUACUGUCUAUGCACUCUCUUGUAUGAGAAUCAGAACAGCGUGGUGGUUCAUACUGUUUACCUCGAUUAUAUCAUGUACAAUGUUUGCAGAAUGGCAAUGGGGUUCAUUUUUAACAUAUUUUUUGAAUAAAUAAAUGCCAUUUUAAAGA